AUGGUGGCCGAGAGGUAUAGUGCGUGCUCAAAUCCCGCAAGGUCCUCUAUUGUUGGAAAGUCAGAGAAUCCUUCCGUGGGUAGGCCGAAUAGUGAAGCAAAUUCGGCUUCAUCAAUCCAGAAGAUGGCACCAAACGAAACCAUUAUUAAUGAUUUUAAUGGUCGUGUUUCAUGGAAAUCCACCGGCCCCAGCUUGGCAAAGAUAAAGGAGAGGUUUACUCACCAUGAUCAUUUGGAUAGGGCUUUACAGAUCCAAUUCCAGAAUCUAUUCAAAGCCCCGACAUUAUAUUUUUCGGGAACCAUACUCCAUCAGAUGCUUAUAAGAAAAAUCAGCUCAAAUUCGAAGGAGAUAAGGUUCUUAGUCAAUGGUAAGGAGGUCUGCUGGGGCAUGAAGGAUUAUGCAUUGGUGACAGGCCUCAACUUUAGAAUAUUUCCUUGGUUGGAGGAGGUUGAAGAAUGUCCACCCCUUGUCCUCAAAUAUUUUAAGGGUAAAAAGGAUGAGGAAGAUAAGUUUAAGAAUCUUUCACAUGGUAGAAGACAUAGAGAUGUUCCUCCAAUUUCCAUGGGGAAAGGUGUCCUUCAGAGCAAUCCUGUAGGCCAAGAAAGCUCUCACCAAAUCCCUUCUGCGACGAUUCCUCUUCCAACUGAUGAAGACAAUUCUACAUCUUGUGCACCCAAUCGAGUGUCUCAAGCCCAUACUGAUGCCAAACUUGAUGAGUUGACAAAUGAUGUGAAUGAGAUUAAAAAGGAUGUCAAUGAGAUUAAAACUGAAAUCAAGCUCAUCAAGGAGAAUCAACAACUUAUAAUCACAUUAUUGACGGAAGUAAAGGAACAAAAGAAUAGUGGAGGAGAAGAAAAAGAAGAGGCAGGUACUGCUGCACUUGAUAUUGAGAAGAGGACGAGGACGAAGACGAAGAGGAAAAAUAAAGAUGUUGCUUUUGAUACUAAUAAGAGGACGACGAAAAGAAAGAAUGAUGAUAAUAGGACGAAGAGAAAGAAUGAUGAGGUGAUGAACUCUAAGAGGAAGAAUGACGAGGAGAUAAAGAAGAGUAAGCAGGAUGAUGUUAAUGAGAUUAAGAGAAAGAUGAAUGAGAGAAAGGAGAGGCGAGAGAGGCUGACGAACUUGGCCAAGAAGAAGAAGGAUGAUGAGUUGGCUAAGAAGAGGGAGGCUGAUGAGUUGGCCAAGAAGAGGGAGUUGGCCAAGAAGAGGAACUUAUCCAAGAAGAGGAAGUCGAAAAAGGACGAGGAAGAGGAAGAGGAGGACGAGGAGGAGGACAAGGACGAGGAUGAAUAUGAGGAGGACGAUGAGGACGACGAGGAUGAGGAUUCGCUCCCAACGCCCCAAUCCUCUCCCAAAUUGAAGGAUGUGGAUGUGGAUAAGAAUAAGGAGAAGGAGGUGGAGGUGGAGGCUAAGAAGAAUAAGGAGGUAGUGGAGGAGGAGAACAAAGAGAUGGAGGAGGAGAAGAAUAAGGAGGAGGAGGAGACUAAGGAGAAUGACAAGGACGAAGAUUUGCCCCACGUUCCAAAGGAGAAGGAAGAGGGGGUGGAGGAGGAGGAGGAGACUAAUGAGAAUGACAAGGUAUGGACGAAAAUUUGCCCCCAUAUUCCAAAGGAGAAGGAAGAGGGGGUGGAGGAGUAG